CAUCGUUGCGUCAGAUGAUCAGCUGGUUUCCAGGUCCUGGGAUUAGAUACGCUGCUUCUCUCUUCCGGGGUUGUGGAACAAGAAGUUCCCAAUUCCAGUUAAACAGAAGUUUCCCCUUCAGUAAGGUCCAGCAGCCACCACACACUCUUCAGUCUGGUCAUCGACUAGCUGUGCUUUGAAUUGAGCAAUGCAGAAUGGGAGACCGACACAUCGGAGAGAUAUCAGCUCGAAAAGAAAUGGUGGACUUGGUACGCCAUGAAGUAGCGGAGGUACAAAACUUUGUAAAAAGUGGAAAUCAGUUUUUGAAGAUUACCCGAUCAUUCAUUGCAAACUCUGUGCGAGAGGGAAAGCUGACUCAAAUAAAAGGAAGAACCUACUUUAAAGAGGCAAUGCAUGCAAUAUUAUUUUGUGGGCGCAUUAAUAUUCCCCUAAUUAAUCCAGAAGAAAUGAUGGAACAUCAUGAAUUUCAAUUAUUGUCUGAAAUAUAUCCAGAUGCCUUUCAGAAAUACAACUCCCAUCUCCCAAAACGUCCUCCUUAUGCAGUGCUACUUGGUGCAGUUGUUGAAAUCAUAGGAACUGACAUUAAUGAAGUUUUGAAAUGUCUAACAGAUCUAAAUCGUGACAUGCUUGUGGAAUUUACUGGCAACAAUUGCAACAAAUUGGGAAACAUCUUUAUAUCAGAAGUUAUCAGCUGCUGCUAUCUUUGGGAUGUUACUACCAGAGAAAAAACAGACAAUUAUUUUGGUGCUGUAGUGUCAGUUAGAGGAAGGCAACAGAAAGAAAUAAUGUUUGAUAUAUUGUGCUGUCAAACAUGGCACCUGUAUAUUAGCUUGGCAGUAUGUAUCUCCAAAAAGUUUAAUAAAAUAUCAUUAAGGUUUCCACCUGAACUUCAAAUUGAAGUUGUAGAUACAAUCCAUAGCGGUCAGUAUGAUCUCCCAUCUGGGGUUCAGGUAUGCAACUCACUUGAAAGUUCACCUUAUAAGUUAUGCUUUGAUAUAUAUAUCAAUAAUAAUUCAAACUUUGAAUUUGACAUCAGUGCUAAGUGUGAAGCUCUAAGCCAGCUUUUAUAUGCUAACCGGCAAAUUGCUGAGAAAUUAGAAUUCUUAGACACAAGCAUUUUAAUGAAUUCCACAAAGCUGACUAAUUAUAAACGACUUAAAAACAAUCUCAAAUUAUUAGAAUUUAAUGUUGGACAACAUUUGCAAUUUUAUGAUCCAAAUGAAUAGCGAUUGCUAGAGAGAUUCCAAUACUGAAAGCAAAUUAUACCAAAUAGUUUGUCAUUAACAGACUUAUGAGAAAUAAAGCUGAUAUAUCUGUGGAGUUUUACACUUUCAUCUGUAAGAUACAAUGUGUUGGAUAGAAAAUUAGUGAGGGACUUUAAAGAGGAGUCUGAGUCCCAUGUUUGGCAGCACAAAUUGUUUGCUUCUCUAUUGCCAAAUGUAUCAAAGGAUGUCUGCCCAGAUAUACACUGCACAUCCUGCAGGGAG